AUGGCUUCCCUCCUCAGGUCGUAUGGGUCGUUCAUGACCCGCAGACCGUUCCUCGGCAACAUUGUUUCGGCUGUUGCAUUAUUCGGUGCCGGCGACGUUAUUGCCCAGCAGGCGGUGGAGAAGAAGGGGUGGAGCAAGCAUGACUGGGCGCGGACGGGUCGCAUCGUCACCUGGGGAGGCGUAUUCUUCGCACCAGCCGUGACGGCUUGGUUCCAGGUACUUAACAAGGUGCCCAUGACCAACAUGGUCAAAGGGACCGCCAUCCGUGUGGGCCUGGACCAGUUCGUGGCGGCGCCCAUUGUGCUGUCGUGCUUCUACACCGUCAUGACGCUGCUCGAGGGCAAGGACUUGGCUACCGCAAAGGAAAAGGCCGAGAAGAACAUCUGGCCUACUCUCAAGGUAAACUGGUCGCUCUUCGUCCCCGUCCAGGCCAUCAACCAGAGCGUCGUCCCCCUCCACUACCGCCUGGUGGUGAUCAACGUCGUCAACCUGUUCUUCAACACCUUCCUCUCCCUCCAGAAUGCCAAGGGCGACGUCAAUGUACCCAGCCCAAAGCCAAGUUCGGCACGAUGA